AUGCCAUCUGGUGAGAGGAUUCAGUUUGGCUCCAAUGUGAAUUUCAUUUUCGAAACUGACAGCCUCAGCUGUGCUUCACCAGCCACAGUUUCCCGCAUGGGCAUAAUACUUGUCAGCGAGCAGGAUCUAAGUGUGCAGGAAAUUAUUAAUCACUGGCUUGAAGAACACACUGGUGCCAAUCCGAACAUGCUUAUUUGGAUUCAGGAUCAUUUAUACAGGUUAGAGCUUGAGACUGAGACAGUACAGCCACGAAAGCGUAAGCGAAAUAUAUGUCUGGAUUGGAUUUGGGCAAAAGGUAUAUUAGAGGUCAGCUUGAGCAACACAUCUAUUGUGCAAAAUGCUUUGAGCCUUUUAUGGAAUGUGACAUCUCGAGACGAAUUCUUGGUGGCCUUAUAUCGUGGGCUGGCCCCUAAUCUGAGCCCCGAAUUGCGCAACGAAUUUGCAUUCGAGGUACAACAGUUCACGUUUAAUUUACUGCUUUUUGAUGACGCUGCUAAUUACAAAACAAACGAAAAUUUGCCGGAUUCACUCUUCUUAGUCGUCUUCAGAGAAGCAAAUUUACCGGUUAAAGAGAAUCCUGGAAUCGUAUACUAUGAUAAGCGAGCCGAUUCUUUGACAAUUUAUACGGACGAGGUGGACAUGCAACUCAGUAACGAGCAAAUGCUAAGUUCGGAAAAGCGCCCAUUCGUGUUAACCGCUACUGCUCAAGCAAAUCGUGAUAUUGUGGGUGCUUUUUUUUUUAUUUCGUUUAGUUCCCUAACAAUUACUUCCGCCCUUGGGAUCGUUGAACCAAUUCAUUGA